AUGGAAGAACUUAUAGCUAAACUCAGCUUGAAAGACAACAACAAUGAAGAUGAAGAAGAAAUAGAUUCAAUACUAAACAAUUUAUCACCCUAUUUCACAAUUAGAGAUACAAAAUAUGGAGGUAGAGGAUGUUUUGCAACUACAAAUAUUCCCAAGGGAACUAAAAUUCAUUAUUGUUCGAAACCUGUUGGUUCAACAAUUACAAAACCUUUCAAAAAAGAAGUAUGUACACAUUGUUUUAAAUAUGAUAAUGGAAUUAUAAUGAAACACAAGAUUUCAAAAACUUGGGGUAAAGAAACAUAUUCAAUAUAUUUUUGUUCUGAAUUAUGUUUGAAUCAAUUUAAAGCUGAAGAGGAUGACGAAGAUGGAGUAUUUCAAGAGAAUCUACUACUUAUUGAAAAAAAUUACUUAUUAGGUUUAAAAAAACCUGAAGAAGAAUUUAAAGAACCUCAAGGUGAUUUAAAAAAACAAAUUGAAAUCGAAUGGUCAAAAGUAGAUCAAUGGGAUCAAGAUUUGAAAAAUUUAAAAGAUUCACAACGAUCUGCUUUACUUCCAAGAAUUGAUGAAAGUGAAUAUUUAGAAAUAAAAUACGUUGUUACUGUAUUAUUCAAUAUGUAUAAAUAUCAAAGUAGGAAGCUAUCUGAGAUGAAAAUUGAAAUGAUUUUAUUUGAUCAAUUACAAUCAGUUGAAAUAGAAAAAUACCAAAAGUAUCCUUACUUAUUAUAUUCAUAUAUCAAUAUGUAUAAAUUUAUAAAAUUAACUUGCACCAAUGGAUUACAACCAUUUAUUACUCCCAACAAUGUUAGAUCAAUAAUUGGAAAAAAUUUAUCGAAUGCAUUUGGUAUAUGGUCAAAUACAACUUCAAAAAAGGAAGAUAAAGAAUUUUUAGGAUUUGCUGUAUAUCCAUCAGCUUCAUUUUUUAAUCAUUCUUGUUCACCAAAUAUUUUGAAAACUAGAAUUAAUCAAGAUUUAAAAUUUGAAACUUUGAAAGAUAUUGAAAAGGGCGAAGAGAUAUGUAUUAGUUAUGGGAAUUUUUCAAAUGAAUCAUUUGAAACUAGACAAUUACAAUUAAAAGAAUGGUUUUUUGAUUGUGGUUGUAUUAAAUGUGAUCUAGAAAAGAAAGAAUUAGAAGAAAAGUCGAAAAAACAAGAUUAA